AUGUCCUAUGAUCAGAUGCUCUCGCCGCUUUUCAGUGCCGGGCGAUCGGCGUGGAGAGCGGCUCAGCACGGCGGCGGCGGCGGCGGCGACGCAGUGACGAGGCAGAUACUCAAGUGCACGAGGUGGCAGCUCGAGGAGACCACCGACUUCGUCACCUGCCCCUACCACUACUACUGCGACAGCUCCUACCCGGGGGACUACUCCGCCGCCGUCGGCGUGCUCGUCGCGGCCUUCGCCGCGUACUGCUUCCUCUCUACUCUCGCGUUCACCGUCCUCGACCUCGUCCGGGGCAACGGUAGUAGCGCGCCGGCGGCCGGCGUCAGGGGCAUCAAGAGGAAGUACCUGCUCCCCUCAGGCCCGUUCCUGCUCCCCCUGGUGCUGCUCGCGCUCGCCAGGGGGCAGCGGGUCAACGCCGUGUUCCCGCUCGCGCAGCUCGGCCCGGCAUUGCUCCUGCUGCUCCAGGCCUCGGCGCUGGCGUUCCGGAACGAGGCCGACGGCGACAUCCGGUACGCGGUGCUGGAGGCGUCCACGGUGUCCGGCGUGCUGCACGCCAGCCUGUACCUGGACGCCGUCGUGCUGCCGUACUACACGGGGCUGGAGGCGCUCCGGUGGUCCCGCUUCUCCGGGGAGUGCGCGUCGUGCCUGUGCCGGAUGGAGCCCCUGGUCGUGGGCGGCACGGCGGUGCAGUACCGGGGCCUGUCCAAGACGGCGCUGGCGAUCAUCUUCGCGCUGUGCUCGCGGAUGGUGUGCCGCAUCUACGGCGAGGAGCGGCUCAGCGCGUGGACGCGGUCCGCCCUGGAAGCCGUGGGCUGGGUGUUCGUGGCCGCCGAUGCGGUGUACCUCGUCGGUUGGGUCGCCGCGGAGGGCGGCGGCGUCGGUGUGGCGGCCUACAGCCUGGUCGCCGGGCUGGUGUUCCUGAGCGUCUUCGGCAAGGUGUACCGGUUCUUGGCGUGGGUGGAGGCGAGGCAAUCGCAGUGGAAAUCCAGCCUCUGCCAUAGCACCGUUUGA